AUGACUACUGAAACGGAGGCAUUCGUGAGCACUAUGCCAAAUUCAGACUCUUCCCCUCCUUCUGUUCACUGGAUUGAUGAUUGUCCUACAUCAAAACUCAAGUGGUGGUUUCCACUUGCUCUUUCAUCAUCGAUCUACUUUGUGAAUAUUGUUUACCUGUUAGUUAAGCAUCUACUCAAACGAUUCCGUCCUGAACCGACCCCUCAAUCAAUGGCUUAUCCGAACAUCUUUCGUGGAAUUGACCAAAAUGAUUGUGAUGUAGAUAUUGAUCCGGAUUUUGACUUUAGUGAAGAUGAUCCCUUCCACCGACAACGAAAUCAAUGGCUUGAGGAAAUGCAAUUUGGUGAUACAGACGACUGGACGCUUCCUAGCAUGGCUGCUACAACAGAUGUGCCUUUUGAAUUUUCAAACUCUAGCCACACGGGUAAACAAAGUGAGAAUGAGGACAGGAAUGACUUGAGGAGUUUGAAAAAAACGAACGGUGAGAAACCAGGAGAACAUUUUGUAUCCUUGAAGCUCGAAAGCUUCCCCACUCUUGAUGCUGAUACUUCCACAGGAAAUUCAAAGAAAAAAUCCGUGAAGUUCAGGCCUAAACAAAGCGAGUUAUUUGGAAGAGUGCAUGGAAGCCUAAAUCAGAGAAUUCGAUUCCUUUGUGAACAAAUGACCUCAGUAUCUUAUCGAUCUGGAAGAAUUCUGGUGAGAUUUUAA